GACUAGACUAUGAUGCAAUAAUGCAAUCGGCUGCACCGGAGUUUGCCACAUCGGAUUCUGAAGUUGGACUUGAAAGAGGACGAGAUGGUGAUCGUCAACAUGAAUCUGAAAAGGGAAUGGGAAAUAAUACCAGAGGAAGUCCUAGUAAUGAGAAGGAUCGUGGUCCUAAUAAUGACGAUAAUUCGGGUGACGACUAUGACAAUGAGGGUGAUGGCGAUGACUAUGGUUUUGGCGAGGAUGAUGAUGAUGGCUAUGGUGAUGAUUAUUAUGGCACAUAUGGCAAUGGGUAUGAUGAUAGCUACGAUGAAGAUUGUUGAUGAGUCUAAUCAGCUGAGCCAUGCAACAAAGCACAUUUCUCUAGUGUGUCUACAAUUUAGCUUAUGCAGAAUGUUUGGACCAUUAUAUUUUACUUACUUUUGAAUUCAAACUUUUCUAGAUGGAUCAUAUGCUUUGUGAGGUUAUUCUAAAUACAAAUACAAUGUAGGUUCUUUGGUCGUGUCUGGUUGUUAAUUAUAAGAUAUCUUUUAAAUGCUAGUAUUCUGAA